AACACUCUUGGAAAAUUCGGUUAGGAUUACAAAAGACCCCAGAGUGUCUCAGCAGGAUCCGUAGUGCCGUCGAUCCAACCCAGGGGGCGACGAUGACGCUCCUGAUCGCAACCAGGUUUCCAUUCUAACGUAACCCAUGCACCGUGUUCUGUUUACAGUCUUACUGCGGUCGCGUCCAUCAUCGUCGCUAGGUACGCUCGUUUCCCCGCUCCCUCGGUUCAAGAUUAUUAUGUUCCGCACGAUUGUUUGGUGAUGUACGAAGGCGUGGUGCGUCCGCGUGUUUUCGAAGGCUGGCUUUCGCGCGACGAUUGAUCUCGGUAGUGGCCGUCGGCCGGCAGUGAUCAACCAUGAUUCUGUGGUACACAACGAUCUGCGGGCUUUCGGUGGCCGUGCUCGGUGUCAAUGCUCUGCACGCGAAGGAUCCGUUGGCACACCACGGUAGAUGCGAGCCGAUCACGAUCGAUCUAUGCAUGAACAUACCGUACAACGAGACGAUCAUGCCGAACCUGAUGAAUCACCAGAAGCAAGAGGAUGCCGGCCAGGAGGUGCACCAGUUCGCGCCCCUGGUCAAGAUGAAGUGCAGCCCUGACCUUCGGUUCUUCCUGUGCACCGUGUACGCGCCCGUGUGCACCAUUAUCGACAGAGCCAUACCCCCGUGCAGAUCGUUGUGCGAGAGUGCUCGUGCGGGAUGCGAGCGUCUGAUGAACAGCUUCGAUUUCGACUGGCCGGACAAUCUCGACUGCUCGAAACUGCCCGAAAACGGCGGGCCGGAGUUAUGCGUCGGGCACAACGAGACCACGCCGCCGGAGCCGUCGGCUCCGGUCUAUCCGCCGCCGCGAAUGCCUGUCCCGGAAUUCCAGCCGUCCUGGACCGGAGGACCCAGACCGUUCGGCAGCGGUUUUAUGGUCGGCGCCAGAGAUUUCGGCUUCGUUUGUCCCCUGCAGUUCAAAGUGCCGCACGAGCUCGGAUAUUCGUUGAAGGUCGGCGACAAGGUAGAACUUAAUUGCGGCGCGCCUUGCGACGGAAUGUUCUUCUCUGAAAGGGAACGACGAUUUUCGAGGGCCUGGGUCGGCAGCUGGGCGUCCGUCUGCGCUGCUUCCUGUUUCUUCACCUUUUUGACGUUUCUCAUCGACACUGAUAGGUUCAGGUAUCCGGAAAGACCAAUUAUCUUCUUAUCAGUUUGCUACCUUAUGGUAGCACUGGUAUAUGUAAUUGGUUGGGCAGCUGGUAACUCGAUCGCAUGCAGAGAACCUUUCCCACCUCUUUUAGAGACAAUGCAAAUGGCAUCAACGAUAACGCAAGGUACCAAGCAUAAAUUGUGCACGGUACUAUUUAUGGUGCUUUACUUCUUUGGGAUGGCAUCCAGCAUAUGGUGGGUCAUCUUAACUUUGACAUGGUUCCUAGCUGCUGGUCUGAAAUGGGGCCAUGAAGCAAUAGAAGCAAAUUCACAAUAUUUUCAUUUAGCUGCUUGGGCAGCACCGGCGAUAAAAACAGUUACCAUUCUUGCAAUGGGGAAGGUAGAAGGAGAUAUACUAUCUGGUGUAUGCUACGUAGGACUUUGGAAUGUGGAAGCUUUACGCGGAUUCGUUUUGGCACCAUUAUGUGUCUAUCUUAUCCUUGGAACUGCCUUCUUAUUAGCCGGAUUUGUUUCUUUGUUCCGUAUCCGUACGGUAAUGAAACACGAUGGCACAAAGACUGACAAAUUAGAAAAAUUAAUGAUUCGUAUCGGCAUAUUUUCUGUACUAUACAUAGUUCCUGCGUUGAUUGUCAUAGCUUGUUUAUUUUACGAGCAAGCGUACUUCGAUCAAUGGAUGUUAACAUGGAAUAUGGAGAUGUGUUCUAGACCCGGGCCACAAUCUCUGUACUCUAUACCAUGCCCCGUUGGCGAGCGUACCCGUGAUGUUGGGAGGCGACCAGAGUUUGAAGUUUUUAUGAUAAAAUAUCUAAUGGCUAUGAUCGUCGGUAUAACUAGCAGCUUCUGGGUAUGGUCGAGUAAAACAUUGACUAGCUGGCGACAGUUUUUCAAUCAUAUAAAGGGUCGUCGUGCGGAAGCGUAUGUGUAAAGACUCAUAAUUCCAUUACAACAAAGCUUGUAAAGUUUUGUUCUCCUCAAUCAUCACAUCUGUCCAUUGAUAUCACUUUUGGAUGAUAAUCAACCAAACUAAUUCAUAAUGAUAUCCAUUUCAUCGCAGUUGAUAAUAUUUAAACGAUUUAUGUGCUAAGUUUGACUUAUUGAAAGCAAAUCUAAAUGAGAAAAUAUGAUCUUUUUUUAUAUUUUAUCGAUGCAUGAUUAAUAACAAUGAGAUUAUAGGUAGGUGCCGUGCCAAAAUACUCCAUUUGUUUUUUUUCUUUCUUCUUCUAUUGAGACGGUUGUAUGUUUCUUUAAGCUACUUGCGAACUUUUCCAUUGUAUUUUUCUAGAAGUUUGAUAAGGACACUGUAUAAAAUGUUAAAACUAAUCGUUGAUGAUUAGUUUCAAAGUAUUAUUAGACAAAGUUUGCAUUAUAUUUUAGGUAAUGUAUACUUCCUUCGUAACUUCGCAGAAUUCAUGUCUAAUAUUAUAUUGUUUACGUUAAGUUAAAAAUGCUCAAACUGUUUGCAAACGAAGUGUUCAAAGUUUAUAAGUGUAGUUUUCUACUAUGCACAAAGCAAAUGGUUGAUACUGCCUAUCAUGUCUUCAAACCUUCCAAUUUAGGUUUGAUCGAUAAGAUCAUGAACAAUUACGCUUACUAAUCUCUCGAAUGUGUUUUAUAAUUCUACGAAACUGUGUUUAGAGAUAUUUUUUGUACUAUUUACUAAGAUUCGAUCAAACGUCCGAAGCUUUUUACUUGUCUAAUUAUUAAACAAGAAUUUUUGUAUACUUAUUCGUUUCUAACAAAUUUUUCGAAACCUUAUCUUUAUAAGCUACAACCGAGGCAACCAGGUCUUUGAAAAGUGUAAAAUUAAUUCUUAAGACAUACUCUAUAUUAGAUUAACUAAAUUGUAUAUACUUAUAUGCAUUACUUUUAGUAUGUACUAUAAUAUAUUUUUAAAAAGUUAUGUACAUAUAUAUGUCUGCCAAGGAAUUGGCGUUUUUGUAUGUUUCCUAUACGUAAUCAAAAUACUCGUAUGGCCCGUUAAAGCAGGUACACAAUCGAGAUUAUUCGGUAACGACUCGCAAACCGGGUGUAAUUAUUGUUCCAACAUAACUGAUCAAUUCGUCCAUUGAAACUGUCGAGCUUUUGUGUAUGUAAUGUAUUUACGGCAAUCAAUUUAAAAAAAAUAACUUUAAAAGUGCUGUAAUUAAAAUGGCCGUAUAUACAACACUGUAGUUGCGCAAACUAUCAUACAUGAAAUAUACGUGACGUUGUGUAAAGUAAUUACAUAUAACUAUUAUAUUCUUUAUAUAAUAAACCGGAAUAUAUACAUAAAAACAUUUCAGACAUAGUAUAUUUAUUUAAUGAAUUUAUGUUCGUUUACAGAUGUGUAAUUACGUUCGAUUAAAAAUGCAUGUAUAUAGUAUGACUAUUAUAGAAGGUAAUAAUAACUAUUGUGAUGAA